AUGGCCUCGGAGGUCGUGUGUGGGCUGAUCUUCAGGCUGCUGCUGCCAGCCUGCCUUGGGGCCGCUUGUCUCUUCAGGUACAACGUCCUGUCCUUCAUCUACCUCAUCUACCUCCUGCUUAUUCCCCUCUUCCCUGAGCCCACGUGUACCACCAUGCAGGGCUACACAGGGCGUCUGCUGCAGUCACUGUGCUUUACCAGUUUGUCCUUUCUGCUGCUGCACAUCAUCUACCAGAUUACAGUCAACAGCCUCCUGGCCGGCAGCGCCAUCGACCCUGACUUCAACUGUUCUGCGUGGGAGAAAUCCAUCAGACAAAUUGGAUUUGAGAGCGUGAUCGGUGCGGAUGCGGGGAACGGCAUCAGAGUGUUCGUACCAGAUAUCGGCAUGUGCGUGGUGGGCGGGGCCAUCUGGUUUCUGUGUCGCAGUCUGGUCCAGAAGAGGCCGCCCGAAGACAUGGCUCAGGACAACGCUCAAUUCCAAGCGGAGGAGCAAGAAGAAGACGAAAAGCUGAGCUUGGAAGAUCACAUUCUGCUGGAGGAGGACUCUGACGGAGGCUACGAGGCCGAGGAAGACGAGGAGGAUGAGGGUGAGGAAGCGGACGAGGAAGAGGAAGAGGAGGAAACCAGGGAGAGCAUCAAGAGGAAAAUUCUGCAUCUGGUGGCGGAGGUGGCGUCCAAAGUGAAGGAGGUCAUCGGGAACCUGAUCACGACGGCGGGGAAGGUGGUGGUGACCAUCUUGUUGGGGACCACAGGGAUGAUGCUGCCUUCCCUCACCUCGGCAGUCUACUUCUUCAUCUUUCUCUUCCUUUGCACUUGGUGGUCCCUACGCCGCACCUUUGACACGCUGCUAUUCAGCUGCAUGUGCGUGCUGAUGGCCAUCUUCAGCGCCGGGCACUUGGUGGUUCUCUACCUCUACCAGUUCCAGUUUUUCCAGGAGUCCGUCGCACCAGAAGACGGCUUCAUCAGGUACUUCGGCAUGUCACCCGUUAUUCAGAGCGACUGCGGCCGAACGUGGAAGCUAAUUGUGCACCCCAAGCGCAAGUGGCACCACUUUGUCAAUCCUGUCAUGCUGCUGUUGCUCUACUACACGUUGGCCACUCUCAUACGCCUCUGGCUGCAGGAGCCCAUCGAAGAGCUUACCGACGACGAGGAGGAAGACGCGUGCGAGGAAGACGAGCUGGUCGGAAACGGGACAAAUAACUCCGCCAACAGGAAGAGGCAGAUGUGGUGGGAGUCCCGGCAAGGCACUGAUCAGAAAAAUCUGCUCUCUACCCAGGAUGCCAUCAGCACAACAGAGGUUGUGCUGGCCUCCAACGGAACAUCCUUUGACUUCACGGUGACUGACAACGGUCCACGCUAUCUGGACUUAUAUUCCACCCCUCAAUACAAAGGCGAUCAGUCCGUCAGUCAUUGUAAAGAAAAGGAGGACAUAUCUGUAUAUGAGGUGAGUCUUCCUCCAGAGGAUGAGGCUUCGCCUUCAAGAGAGGACAAGUCUGAUGGAAGUGAAGACGCCCUGAGAAAGCGUGGUGUGGGUGCAAUGGUCAAGGUCUUCCAUUUCAUCAUGAAGCAGAGCUACAUCUGCGCACUAAUCGCCAUGAUGGCAUGGAGUAUCACAUACAUCUCGUGGCUAACAUUCGUCUUCCUCAUCUGGUCGUGUAUGCUGUGGAUGGUCCGUGACCGGCGACACUAUGCUAUGGUGUCGUCGCCGUUCAUGGUGGCCUACGGCAACCUCUUGAUAGUGCUGCAGUACUUCUUCAGCUUUGAAGGCAUCUCGCACGUGCCGGGACUUUCCGUGCCCAAGAAAAAUCACUUUCACUCCAUUUCCUCCAAGGUGUUGUGUCUGCUGAGCUUUUGGCUGCUGCUGAGGCAGACCCUCACCGAGAAGUUAGAGAAACAAAAAGAAGUUGAGGCAGGUCUCUUAGGCAUUCAAGUAGAGGACCAAAAGAUAAAAGAGAAAGAGGAGUCUAAGGCAGAAGAUGAGCAGGAUGUCAUGCAUGUGGUGGGAAACCUGGUGAUGGCCCUGCUGGUCAAGUAUUGGAUCUACAUCUGUGGUGGCAUGUUCUUCUUCGUCAGCUUCGAGGGAACAAUUGUCAUGUACAAGAUUAUAUACAUGAUGAUGUUCCUUUCUUGCGUGGUGCUCUAUCAGGUGCACUACGAGUGGUGGCGAAAACUACUGAAGUACUUCUGGAUGUCAGUGGUUAUGUAUACCAUGCUGGUCCUCGUGGCUGUUUACACCUUCCAAUUCAGGCCCGAUUCAGCUGAGGACAAAGACAGUUUCAAAGACCUGGGCCUUGAGAAGUUCUCGGUCUCUGAGCUGUUCACCAGGAUUUUUAUACCCACUUCCUUCCUGCUCGUGUGCAUCCUGCACCUGCACUACUUCCAUGAACGUUUCCUGCAGCUCACUGACCUGCAGGCUGUGGUGGCCAAAGAAGAGAGCACCAUCUAUAGGCUGGUUCACCCCGAAGGCAGUUUGGCCGACCUCACCAUGCUAAGCGCCAGCUCUGCGGAAGCCUCGCUCUCCCGUAGCAAGGAGUAUGAGCAGGAGGCGAAGGGCGAGCAAACCUUAGUGGUGGUUGAAGACGAUUCAGCCUCUUCGGCCGGCGGUACCAAGCCCGGCAGCCUCUCCGAUGCCAGGCAGUCCAGCACGGAUGACAGUCAGCGUUUCAGCAUGGGCACCGAACCAGAACCAAGCACUGAGCAGAGCUCUGACCUGAAGAGCAAAUGGCACCUGGUGGUGGACCGACUGACCGUACUCUUCCUCAAGUUCCUCGAGUAUUUCCAUAAACUGCAGUUGUUCAUUUGGUGGCUGCUGGAGAUCCAUAUCAUAAAAAUUGUUUCCUGUUACAUCGUGUUGGUCUCCCUCCGAGAGGUGUCCUUGCUCAACUAUGUGUUCCUGGCGUCGUGGACCUUUGCGCUCCCCUUCAGCCAAUAUCGCCUCUUGGCGUCCAGCGUCUGCAGCGUCUGGACGUGUGUCAUCAUUGUGUGCAAGAUGUUGUACCAGCUCAAGUCCAUCAAGCCUCUCAAUUACUCCAAGAACUGCACCAUGCCAGCGGGCUACACCAGCGAGCAGGAGAAGGAAAUGCAGGGCUCUCUGCUUUACAGUGGAUCGGUGGAUCCUGCUAACUGGGUGGGCCUCGACAAGAAUGUUGACCUGCUUGGCUACAUCAGGCACAACCUCCUGAUCCUGGCCCUGCUAGCGUUCGAGGUGACCGUAUACCGCCACCAGCUGUACUUUCGUCUAAGAAACAAGCUGUCGCCUCCCGCCGCCCGCAUCAUCUUCCAUGACGUGACGCGCCAACACCUGGACGUGGGCAUCGUGUGCUUUGUCAAAUACUUCAUCAACUACUUCUUCUACAAGUUUGGACUGGAGACUUGCCUGCUGUUAUGCGUGAAUGUGAUUGGCCAGCGUAUGGAUUUCUACGCCAUGUUGCACGCCUUUGCCCUCAUCACGGUCAUGUACCGGCGCCGUAGGAAGGCCAUCGCUGAAAUAUGGCCCAAGUACUGCUUCUUCCUGGCCUGUAUGCUGACCUUCCAGUACUUCGUCUGCAUUGGGAUCCCCCCUGCUGCCUGUAAAGACUAUCCCUGGAGGUUCCCGAACUCCACUACCGACUCCAACGUGGUCAAGUGGCUUUACGUUCCCGACUUCCUGUCCAGACCCAAUCCGUCCUUUCUCAUCUAUGACUUCAUGCUGUUGCUGUGCGCCUCCAUGCAGAGGCAAGUGUUUGACGAUGAGAACAAGGCGGCCGUGCGCAUCAUGGCCGGCGACAACGUCGAGAUCUGCAGGGACCUGGAUGCAUCUUCCUUCAGCGUGCACAACCCCGUACCUGACUUUAUCCAUUGCAGGUCCUACCUGGACAUGCUGAAGGUUAUCAUGUUCAGCUACCUUUUCUGGUUCGUGCUGACCAUCAUCUUCAUCACUGGCACCACGCGCAUCAGUGUGUUCUGCAUGGGCUACCUAGUGGCCUGCUUCUACUUCCUGCUCUUUGGCGGAGAGCUCCUGCUGAAGCCCAUCAAGAAGAUCCUCCACUACUGGGACUUCCUCAUAGCCUAUAAUAUCUUUGUCAUCACCAUGAAGAACAUUUUGUCUAUCCUGGCUUGCGGCUACAUCAACUCUCUGAUCACCAACAAGUGCUGGCUCAUCCAGCUUUUCAGCCUGUCUUGCACCAUCAAGGACUACAACUUAAACACCAACCAGGACCAUCUCAGUGUCGACCAACGUUGCGAACUGCCCAAGGACCAGGCGGGCAUCAUCUGGGACAGCAUCUGCUUCGCCUUCCUGCUGCUGCAGCGGCGGGUCUUCAUGAGCUACUACUUCCUGCAUGUGGUGGCCGACAUUAGAGCUUCGCAGAUCCUCGCCUCCAGGGGGGCGGAACUAUUCCAGGCCACUAUCGUGAAGGCGGUCCGGGCGCGACUGGAGGAGGAGCGCAAAUCUGUGGAGCAGCUCAAGCGACAGAUGGAGCGCAUUAAGGUGCGACAGCAGAAGUUCAAGCGUGGCAAGGAGAAGAUGCUGAGCAUGGUGCAGGAGUCUGUGGACGGACAGACGCUUGCCCCGCCCCCUACCGAGGAGGACGAGGGAGCGCAGCGAGCCAAAGCCAAGACCAAAAAAAAGCACUGGUGGAGGCCGUGGGUUGACCAUGCUUCUAUGGUGAGAAGCGGCGAGUAUUACUUGUUUGAAACUGACAGCGAGGAAGAAGAAGAGGAGGAGGAGAUGAAAGACGAGGAGCUGCCAAGGAGGUCCGCCUUCCAGUUCCUCUACCAGACGUGGAUCAAAGACCCUAAAGCAGCUCUGAAAGCCAGAGCCAAGCAGAAACGCAGGUUCUGGAAGAGAUACACCAAAGGUGUCAGAAGCAAGAAAAACAAAAAGAAGGAAGAACAUGUGGGUAUCGAGGUGGACGAGCUUUCGGCGAGCCUAGAUCAAGAUGACAACUCCGGUCCAGACAACAUCUUCAAGCGUGUGUUCAACAUCAUCAAGUUCACGUGGGUGUUGCUGCAGACCACCGUAGACAGCUUCACACGCUGGAUGAACGAAGUCUGCCGGGAGUACAUUGACAUCUCCACUGUGCUGCGAAUCGAGCGCUGUAUGCUCACCAGGGAGGUCAAGAAGGGCAACGUGCCGUCCCGGGAGAGCAUCCACGUAUACUACCAGAAGGCCAUGCGGCUCAGCAUGUCACGGCAGGCUAGCGUCGACCUGCUCAGCGAUGACGAGUCGGCGGGAGGCUCGACAAGGGUUCGACGGAGGCGGAGAGGCUACCCCAUGGAGAGCCAGGCCUCUACGGCCUCCAGGGACAGCAUAUCAAGCGCAUACACCGAAGCCACCACCUUGUUUUCCCGUCAGUCUACACUGGAGGAUCUGGACGGGAUGCCCGAAUGCAUCCCAAAAACCAGCGAGCGGGCACGGCCCAAACUACGCAAGAUGUACAGUGUGGACAUGUCCAACUCAUCCAUGGAGAGCGGUAGCAGCUUCGUGUCCAGACAGGGCACAGCGGAAACCAUAGAAGAAGAAGCUGAGGAUGAGCGGGAUCAUCGGGAGGAUGGACGGCAUCUUCCUCUCAAAUCCCAGGAUUUAGAGGAGCCCGAGGACGAAAGCGAGGCCUGCGGCGGAUCUGAGGCGGAAGAAGUCAAGGCGGAAACGCAAGAGGGACAGGAAGUAGAACACAUGGAGGGGUGUGUUCUGAGUGAUGACGGACAGGAAAUGGAACCUGAGAGGAGUGUUAUCUGGGGGUCUUUCACUCAAGAUGAAGCGCCUUCUAGUGAGGACGGAGGAGGGGAAGGAGGAAGUCAGAAGGACUUCCCCCAGGCCGAGAUGCAUGCCGGGGGUCUCACGUGCACUCCUGACACGGACGCUUCCAAGACAUCGGACGGUGACGUGCCGCCCAGCUACAGCAAGGCAGUCAGCUUCGACCGGUUGGAGAUGAGCGACGACGACAGUGACGUGGACAAGAGACGACGGCGCAUGCUCAUGACAUCAGACAGCCGCUCGGACAGCAGGUCCGACAUCAUGCUGCCCUCCAUGACCACCGAGUUGACCGCUAGCGAGCUGCUCCUCAAUAAGAUGUUCUACGACGAGGAACUCGACCAGUCGGAGAAGUUUUAUCAGAGUCAGCCGCUGGUGUUGCAGCUCUGCUAUGCACUUUACAACAUGCUGGUGGCACACUCUGAGAUGGUGUGCUUCCUGGUCAUUAUAAUCAACCACAUGUUGUCAGCCAACUUUGCUACACUGGUGCUUCCUGUCACCAUUUUCCUAUGGGCCAUGCUCUCGGUGCCACGGCCUAGCAAGCGUUACUGGAUGACGGCAAUUGUCUAUACUGAGGUCACCAUUGUCAUCAAGUAUUUCUUCCAGUUCGGCUUCUUCCCUUUUAACCAGAACCAGAAAUAUGAGAAGGACAAUCCAUACCAUCCGCCCAACAUUAUUGGCGUGGAGAAGAAGGAGGGCUACGUCCACUACGAUCUAGUACAACUCCUGGCGCUAUUCUUCCACAGGUCCAUCCUGAAGUGCCACGGCCUGUGGGAUGACGACAACCCCAAGGAGAGGAGGGAAGCGUCUCGCCAGAGCGAGUCGGAGGAUGAGGGGAGCCGCAGAGAUGAGAGCGGGAGGGAGUCGGGACCCCCCUCCACCGCCGCCAGCACUGUCUCCUCAGGGGUACGCGAGCGGCGGGGCUCUACGCAAACAUUGCGCUCCAUCAACUUCGGCAACUCCGUGGACUCGGACCAUGUACAGCUGCACCACCCGCAGCAGCCCACCUACCAGCAGCGGCGCACCAGCUCCGGUGGGGCUUCGCAUAUCUCGCACAGAUCCCUCCACUCAUCAGCUCGAUCCAAGCGAGGAAGUGUCGCCUCCCAUGGCAGCAGUCACAAGGAUGGCAGUGAAGCAAGUGUUCAUCAGAAGAGCAAGAAGCAGAUGAUCCUAGAGAAAUUGAAGGAGCAGGUGUACAAAGCCAGAGCUUUCGUCGUCAACAAGUUCAUGGACAUUUACGUGCCCAUGCGUCAAUUCUUCUAUGAUCUCAUCCAUCCCGAGUACAGCGCCGUGACAGACGUCUAUGUGCUCAUGUUCCUUGCCGACACUGUGGACUUUAUCAUCAUCGUCUUUGGAUUCUGGGCUUUUGGCAAACACUCGGCCGCAGAUAUCACGUCAUCCCUGUCGGAGGAUCAGGUCCCUGGACCUUUCUUGGUGAUGGUCCUAAUUCAGUUUGGGACGAUGGUGGUGGACCGGGCCCUCUACCUGCGCAAGUCUGUCAUGGGCAAGGUCAUCUUCCAGGUCUUACUGGUUUUUGGCAUCCACUUCUGGAUGUUCUUCAUCCUACCGAGAAUCACCGAGAAGCGUUUCAACAACAACAAUGUGGCACAGAUGUGGUAUUUUGUCAAGUGUAUAUACUUCGGGCUGUCAGCCUAUCAGAUCCGUUGCGGGUAUCCCACUCGCGUGUUGGGGAACUUCCUCACCAAGAGCUACAAUUACGUCAACCUCUUCCUCUUUCAAGGGUUCCGAAUGGUUCCUUUCCUGACGGAACUGCGUGCCGUGAUGGAUUGGGUGUGGACGGAUACGUCCCUGUCUCUGUCCAGCUGGAUCUGCGUGGAAGACAUCUACGCUCAUAUUUUCAUCCUAAAAUGCUGGCGAGAGUCAGAGAAGCGCUACCCUCAGCCCCGAGGCCAGAAGAAGAAAAAGGUUGUCAAAUAUGGCAUGGGCGGCAUGAUUGUUAUGCUGCUCAUCUGCAUCGUGUGGUUCCCUCUACUCUUCAUGUCGCUCGUCAAGUCGGUGGCCGGCGUGGUCAACCCGCCCCUGGACGUCUCCUUUGAGAUCACGCUGGCAGGCUUCCAGCCUAUCUUCACCAUGAGUGCGCAGCAGAAACAACUGCAGGAAGUCAAUGAAAAGGACUUUACCGAUUUUGUCAAGCUCUACAAUGAGAAAGAUGAGGCACUGGAAUGGCUGGAGGGGUUCAUGCCAGGCGACCUGGUGAUUGCCGAGCUGAAAGGCAGCUCCAACUCCCUGUGGACCAUCAGCCCUCCGAGCAGGAGCAACCUCAUCGACAUGCUGCAACAGGAUGAGGAAUUCCCCAUCACCGUGUCCUGGUCGGUGCAGCGCAACCUCAGCUUGGGCGCCAAGGCCGAGAAGGCCUUCGGAAAACGGGUGACCAACCUGGGCGAGGACACCAAAAAUCAGCUGGUGCUGCUCCUCAGCGGAAAUGACAGCAGCUUGCAUGUGACGCUGAGCAACAUCUUCCCGCGAUACAUCAGAGCGCCCAGCGACUCAGACGCAAAGCCAGUUGAGCAGCUGUAUAAAGACAAUAAGAUGCUGAACAUCAGCCUUCGCCUGCAGAAAGACAACACGAGCCAGCGUCAGCCCCAGGAGUGGUGGAUCGUCAACCAGACGGAACGCGGCCCGAUCCCUAGGAAUCAGAACAAAGACCCCCGCCUAGAGCUCUACGUCUUCAGCGACCAAGUCAGCCCGCCCAGCCUCGGCUUCUUGGCCGGAUACGGGAUCAUGGGACUGUACGCGUCAGUGGUGCUGGUGAUCGGUAAGUUCGUGCGAGAGUUUUUCAGCGGCAUCUCUCACAAGAUCAUGUUCGAGGAGCUGCCCAACGUGGACCGUAUCCUCAAGCUUUGCACCGACAUCUUCCUGGUGCGCGAGACGGGCGAGCUGGACCUGGAGGAGGACAUGUACGCUAAGCUCAUCUUCCUAUACCGCUCGCCCGAAACUAUGAUCAAAUGGACACGUGAGAAGAAUCAGUGA